AUGGGGGUUCUAAUUGACGCGCGACCCGCGAUGAUUGACACGCACAUUGAGGAGGAUGCCCGGACUCAUGACGGUAUUCCCAACAUGCCGCUUCUCUCAUCGACCGGGAUGAAUGGGUGGAGUGAAGCGAGGCCAGUUUUGGGAGAAAACACGACAAGCGCACAUCGAGCUCAGAAGCAGACAAGGCCUCUGGAGAUUGUGGACAGAUAUAUCGACGAGCCGCGCCCGCUCAAAGUCGCAGUCAUUGGUGGCGGUCUCGCAGGAAUCCUGGCAGGUGUUCUCCUACCGGUCAAGGUGCCCGGAAUUCAGUUGACCAUCUAUGAGAAAAAUGAAGAUUUUGGAGGGACGUGGCUCGAGAAUAUUUAUCCUGGUGUCAGGUGCGAUAUACCAUCGCAUGUCUAUCAAUCAACAUUUGAACCGAAAAAAGAUUGGUCCGACGAGUUUGCACCCGGAUGUGAAAUUCGCGACUACUGGCAGUCGGUUGCUAGAAAGCACAACGUAUACCAGUAUGCUAAAUGUAAGCACCUGGUAGAAGGUGCAGAAUGGGACUCUGAUGCUGGAAAAUGGCACGUUACUGCCCGAAAUCUUGAACAGAAUGAGGUCAAGACUGUGGAAUAUGACUUUGUGUUGACAUGCAUUGGUCGAUUCAACAAUUGGCAGCUACCAACCUAUCCCGGCAUCAACGACUUCAAGGGCACUUUAAGACACACCUCGGAUUGGGAUCCCUCGUUUGACCCCGACGGCAAGAAAGUCGCCGUCAUUGGAAACGGGGCCAGUGGUAUUCAGGUAGUUGCUGCGCUUCAAAAGACUGUCGCUCACUUGGAUCACUACGCCAGGAACAAGACAUGGAUUGCAACCUCGUGGGCUGGAGAUGAAAGAACGGCUGGAGCGCAACCCAUCAAAAAGGACCUUCAGGAUAUCUUUGAGGAUUCUGCAGUAUACACCAACUACAGGAAAGAACUAGAAGACAAAUACUGGCGUGGGUUCCCGGCUGUUCUUCGUGGAAACGCCAAAAACGCGAACCUCAAGACGAGCUUCAUCGAAGUGAUGAGGAAGAGGCUGUCUAAGAAGCCGAAAAUGAUGGAGCACAUGGUUCCGGAUUUCUCUCCCAACUGCCGACGCCUGACCCCAGGCCCUGGCUAUUUAGAGGCAAUUACCGAGGACAACGUGGAUUAUAUUCGGACCCCGAUCCGCAGAGUGACUGCCACAGGCAUUGAGACAGAGGACGGCAUUCACAGAGAAGUUGAUGCUAUUUUCUGCGCCACCGGAUCCAAGACGGAUCUGGUGCCGCGGUUCCCCGUUCGAGCAAAGGGCAAGACACUGGCUGAUGUUUGGGCGCCUGGCGGGGAGAAAGGCUACCCAUAUACCUACAUGGGAAUCGCGACGCCAGGAUUUCCCAACAUCCUGUUCGUCCAUGGACCGUACGGUACAGGCCCGUCCGGCACCGUGCCUCAAAGCGUGGAGAGCCAGCUGACGUACGUCGCAAAACUGCUCCGAAAGGUGUCCAGGGAAGGUAUCAAGUCGGUCGACGCCGACUCCAAGGCCGCUGACGACUUCAACGAGUUCUCCGACGCCUUCUUCAAGACGACCGUCUUUUCGGACAACUGUAGCUCGUGGUACAACGGCGGCAAGCCCGGUGCCCGGGUGCACGGCAUCUGGCCCGGCAGCGCCGCGCACCUGACGAUUGUGCGGCGCGAUCCCCGAUGGGAGGACUGGAACUACGAGUACAUGUCCGGCUCCGGCAACCGAUUCCACUGGUACCUGGGCAACGGCUCGACAAGGCAAGAGGCAGAUCCUGCGUCCGACAUGACGUCCUACCUUCGGAACCCCGAGGAUGUUGAUUUAAAAGACAUUCACGAGAGCUGGUGGAGCAUCCCAUAG